GGCAGCAAGCUUCUCGACGUGUCUGUUAACAUUUGGGUUCCCACAAGCACGACUCGAUACAAGGGUCAAAUUGGCAUUGUUUCACCUGAACAAGUCGACCGCGAGGUCGAGGCGCUGCUCACCACACGCUGGCAAUGGAAAAUUUCGAAUCCAAUUCAGACCAAAUCACCCACUUGGCGAACAAUAGCAUAGAAGCCAAGCGAGAGCAAGAGGCUGUAUACAAGAGGACGGCGGAGCACGAACGGGCACGCAAGGAGGAGCAAGAAAAGGAGUGCGCGCGCAAAGAUAAGGAGAGGGAGAACUUGAAGGAGAAAAAGAGUAGGAGGACCGCCUACGUGUUAAGGAGGAGGAAGAACGUCUUGAGUCCGAGGCGCGCAUUACACAAGCAGGCGAUGCUGGCAAAGCAACGAUAUCCCGGCAAGGACAGGCUUGGGAUCAUUCGGCGUUGCACCUGUGCUGGGCGCCGGUUCCGAGUUCAUCUCACUCCUCGUUUUGUCAACCAGGGUUCCUGUUAGUAUAAUUCGUAAGGUCCAACAUGACUUCGACUUACUUGAGCUGGUUGCCCGCAAGGUCAAGGCCCUGGUCGGCAAG